UAGUUUGAGGAAGCAUCUGUCUUGUGUGGAAGUGGUGAGUUAUGUGUUGGCAUUUCAUUUGACUUGAGAAAAAUAUACAACUAAAACCCCACUAAACCCACCCACCCUCCCACUUUUAAUUUCUCCUUCAUUUUCUUGUCUCUUCUUUCCCUUCCCUUGUGUAAACCUCUGUUUUCCUCUGUUUUUCAGCAACAUUUUUGCACUUAAUGCUUCUGAAAAAACACCCUUCUUGUUCACUUGAAAUGUUGGCUGUGGGAACUACUUAUGGUGGCUUUACAAGCAGCAGCUGCACUUCUUUGAUAAGGGAACUUCAGCAAAUAUGGAGUGACAUUGGUGAGACUGAGGCUGACAAAGAGAGCAUGUUGGUGGACUUGGAGAGGGAGUGCCUGGAAAUUUAUAGGAGGAAGCUCGAGGAGGCUGCAAAUACGAAGGCUCGUCUUCAUCAAUCGGUUGCUACUAAGGAAGCUGAAUUGGCUACCCUUGUGGCUGCUCUCGGAGAACUUAACAUUUCAACAAAGAAGAAGAAAGCGACGACCCUAAAAGAUCAGCUCAUGUUAAUUUCACCUAUAGUCGAAGAUCUGAAACUAAAGAAAGAGGAGAGGCUGAAGCAAUUUUCGAACAUGAAGACACAAAUCGAUAGGAUCACUGCAGAGAUUUCAGGAUACAGUAAUCUUGCCAAUUCUGGAUUAACAUUAGAUAUGGAGGAACAAGAUCUAUCACUCAGAAAGCUAAAUGAAUACCAGACAUGUCUUCGGGCCAUUCAAAAGGAAAAGUCUGAACGCCUCCAAAAGAUUAUGGAAUACGUGAAUGAGGUGCAUAUCUUGUGUGGUGUUCUUAAAAUAGAUUUUAGCAGAACCGUGAAGGAUGUACAUCCAAGCUUACACACUACAAGUUUAGAUCAGUCCAGAAGCAUCAGUGAUAGUACACUGGAAGGUCUAGAGCAGGCCAUCCUUAAGUUGAAAACAGAAAGAAAAGUUCGAUUUCAGAAGCUGAAAGAUAUAGUUGCAGCAGUAUCUGAACUUUGGAAUUUGAUGGACUCAACAAGAGAAGAGAAACAUAAAUUUGCCAAAAUUAUCUCUAUAUCAUCAGAAACAGAAUUUGUAGAACCGGAUUCCCUUUCUAUGGAGAUAAUUGAACAGGCAUCAGCGGAAGUUGAGAGGCUCACCAAGUUGAAAGCAAGCAGAAUGAAAGAACUGGUUGUGAAGAAGAGAUCAGAGCUAGAAGAUAUAUGUCGUAAGACGCAUAUUGUACCUGAUUCAAAUACAGAUGCUGACAAAUCUCUCGUGAUGAUCGAUUCUGGUCUUGUGGAUCCUUGUGAACUCUUGACAAGUAUCGAAGGACAAAUAGACAAAGCUAAAGUUGAAGCAUUGAGCCGAAAGGGAAUUAUUGAUAGGAUAGAGCGAUGGCUGUCAGCAUGUGAAGAGGAAAACUGGCUUGAAGAUUAUAACCUAGACCAUAGCCGAUACAGUGCUGGAAGGGGUGCACAUAUAAAUCUUAAGCGUGCAGAACGUGCUAGAAUAACAGUUACUAAGAUUCCAGCAAUGGUUGAUAAUCUAAUAACAAAGUCUCUGACAUGGGAAAGUGAGAGAAGAAAACAAUUUCUUUACGAUGGGUCGCGAUUGGUGUCUAUACUGAAUGAUUAUAAGGUUACCAGACAACAAAAAGAGGCGGCAAAGAAGCAAUACAGGGACCAAAAGAAGCUCCAGGACUUGCUACUGAUAGAAAAAGAAUCCUUGUAUGGAUCAACACCUAAUCCUAGAAGAAGCCUUAGUUUCAGAAAGUCAAAUGGCUAUCAUGCUAACGGAAAUGGUUCUAUGACUCCCGCACCUCGCAGGAGCUCAGUUGGAUGUGCAACUCCAGGACUGCAAACCCCGCGUUCAUAUUCAGGACGACAUAUUGGGCCUUUUACUGAGAUGAGAAGACUGUCUACUGGACCACUGAACUUUGUGGCCACGGGAAAAGAAGAUAUCAUAUCUUUUUCAUCUGUUUGUGGUUCUGAGCCAGAGUCUCCCCAUCAGGGUUGAAUUUGGAACUUAAACCGUACCAGCAACAUGCGAUAUGGAUCAAGUAAACAACAGAAUGCUGGUUUCGAAGUAUCAAAAAGAUUGUGAAUAUUAAGUGAGAAUAAUCAGCACUAGUGUAUGUAUGAUUGUAGAACUACUUGGACAGUGAUGACUGACAUUUGAGGACCUGCAUUGCUUGAUUUAGAGAACUAUAAAGAUGUGGGAAGUGAUUGAUCGAACGUUGUGGAUAUGCUACUUCUUUUUUAGACUGACAUCCGUGUGUUAGGAAAGAUGCAACCAAUUGGUCACGUGUGAUGAGAUUGUGAUUUUGUAAAUAUGUCUGCAUUAUUUAUUGUUGUCCAGUGCAAUGUGCUGCAGGAACUUCAUUUUUUUUCUUGAAGCAGGUUUGUUUGAUUUCAAGGGGUGGUAAUAGUAAUAUUAUUAUCCCGUUCCAAAUGCA